AUGGGGACGGGCGCGUCCUGGCGGGAGCAGGCCCAGGCCCAGGCCCCGCUGAGUCAGAAGAACUACUUAGUGAAGAAUCUGAAGAGGUUUCGGAAGCAGUUAGAAAGAGAAGCAGGAAAGCUUGAGGCAACAAAAUGUGUCUUUAUUCCGAAGACCUUCAAAAUACCUUCAGAGUACUAUUUGUUUGUGGAAGAAUUUUGCAAGAAUCCUGGCAUCACUUGGAUUCUGAAACCAGUAAGUAUGUCACAAGGUGAAGGAAUUUUCCGAAAAUUGGAGGAUAUUAUUGAUUGAAGAAGGGCAACAACCAAGUUUUUUACUUUUGACUUGAGAGUUUAUGUUGUAGUGACAUCUUACAUCCCACUGGAGGCCUGGUUAUCCAGAGGUGGAUUUGCUCGCUUUUCUAAUACACAAUUUACGCUGAGUAGCAGAGAUGAUCACUAUAUUCAUCUCACAAAUGGGGCAGUGCAAAAGACUGUAUGUGAUUAUGAUCCCAGGAAGGGCUGCACGUAGGUGAUUCAGCAGCUUGGACAGUGCUUGACCACCAGGCGUGGGGCAUGGUCUGUGGAAGUUCUCUUUGUGGAUAUGGACAACACUUUCAUCCACAGCCUCCAGAGCGUUCAGGUGAUCAGCAGUGACAAACACUGCUUUGAGCUCUACAGCUGUGACAUCAUGAUCCAUCAGGAUCUGAAAUACUGGCUUCUGGAGGUGAAUGCUUCACCCUCCCUCACUGCCAGUAGCCAGGAAGACUGUGAAUUCAAGUGUCGUCUUCUCAAAGACACACUUCGUAUUGUGGACAGGGAGAGCAGGCGGGCAAAGAUGUUUAUUACCUUGUAA